AGGCCCCGCCAACGCUAACGACAGCACUGACAGAUAGGACCAAAUCUGCAGUUCCGCUUUCAGAUAUUUUUGUCCUUUUCAGUCAAAUAAGCAGCAACAUUGUGUCAUACUUUGCAGGUCUGGAUUCACUCGUCGUCAUCCUUUCAACCUCACACAACCUCGCCAGCUCGUUUCUGCGGCACGCUAUUCGCUACAUUACGGUGAAAGGGCUCGUAUGCAAAUGCGCAGCUAUCACAAGAGUUACGGCCAGGCUCUUGCUUGAGUCACAUGAUCAGAGAUGGCAGCGGAGAUCCGUUCCCGGUCUCCGCGCGGUCCCGUUCUCCUUACUAAGAUUCCCGGGCACAGGGAACAGGUGGCUGCGGCGAGUUUGAUUCCUCGGGAGGAUGGAGUUAUCACGGCCAGCGAGGACAGGACUCUGCGAGUAUGGCUCAAGAGAGACAGCGGACAGUACUGGCCAAGCAUCUAUCACACAAUGUCAUCUCCCUGCACAGCUCUGAGGUACCAUCACGAGAGCAGGAAGAUUUUUGUGGGCCAAGAUACUGGUGCUAUAGUGGAAUUCCUUAUGUCUGAAGACUUCAACAAAAUGAAUUUUAUAAAGACGUACCCAGCGCAUCAGAACCGGGUGACCGAAAUCAUCUACUCUCCGGGGACCCAGUGGGUGAUCAGUACAGGGCAUGAUAAAUGCCUCACAUGGAUGUGCACUGAGAGCGGGGCACAAAUGGGCAGACACAGCUUUGCAUCCUGGGCUUCCUGCCUACAGUAUGACGAAGAUACAAAAUAUGCCUUUGUGGGAGAUUUCUCUGGCCAGAUCAAUCUGCUCAAGUUGGAGCAGAACAGCUGUUCUGUGAUAUCAACACUUAAGGGGCAUGAAGGAAGCAUUUCCUGUCUGUACUGGGAUCCAGCCCAACGAUACCUAUUUUCUGGAUCCUCGGAUCACAGCAUUAUCCUGUGGGACAUUGGAGGGCGACAAGGAAGGACACUGAUCCUCCAAGGACACCAUGAUAAAGUACAGGGGCUGACUUACAUACAUCUGACACGGCAGCUGGUCUCCUGCUCAGCGGAUGGCGGCAUCUGUGUCUGGAAUAUGGAUAUUGAUAGAGAAGAGGCACCUCAGUGGCUAGAGAGCGACUCCUGCCAGAAAUGUUCCCAGCCGUUCUUCUGGAAUAUAAAGCAGAUGUGGGAUGCAAAGACAGUGGGGUUGCGUCAGCACCACUGCAGGAAGUGUGGUCAGGCUGUGUGUGGAAAAUGCAGCUCUAAGAGAUCCAGCUACCCUAUUAUGGGAUUUGAGUUUCAGGUGCGGGUCUGCGAUUCCUGUUAUGAGACCAUCAAAGAUGAGGACCGAACGUCACUGGCCACUUUUCAUGAAGGGAAGCACAACAUCUGUUUCAUGACUAUGGAUGUAUCUAGAGGGCUGAUGGUGACCAGUGGGACUGACCGCAUUGUAAAGAUCUGGGACAUGACUCCAUCAGUUGGCUGCAGCUUGGCCACUGGCUUCUCUCCUCGUUGACACAAAGACUUCCAUUUGCUAUAAACAAUGCUAUAAACAACGCACCUUAUGUACAGAUGUGUACACACAGGCUAACACCCCUCAGGCCACUGUCUACCUGCGCCCCUUGUAUUACAGCUCCUUUUGAACUAAAGCUUUGUAUCAGCCAAUGUGGAAAAUGCUUCCAGCCCAAGGGUUGAUUUACAGGGAACCAUCUGCUAGCGAUCUUUGUUCUGUAUAUGCAUUGCAGGGUUAACUAGAAAUAAUUAUUAGUGGCAAAGAGUAUAUUUAAUAUCUAGCCUAAAAGAUAGUCUCCACUUUAAACCUGGCCUCUGAAUUUCUUUCUAGGCCACAUGAAUUCCUUUCUGCGUGCAGUUUAACUGCUGUUGUUUACAAAGCACUACAGGAUGUUAGGUGUCUCGGUAGCACUAGUUGGAAUGGAAGACUUUUAGUUUAGGAACAUUUGUAACUCAAAAAUAUUGUCCGACCUAUGAAGUCUUAACCAGCGCAGUUUUAUAUCCUAGCUUUUAGUUGUGUGUCUCUCUCUCUACAGGUGCGUUUUUACUUGUUCAAAAUAUUAGAAAAAAAUGUGCAUUAACCUUUUCUCAUCUGAUCAGUUUUCUGAUAAGCAGGACCUGGACCAUCUCCUUUCUACACAGACUACAUGCAUAGUUGCAUUCGAUAUAAGUUGGCUGGUUUAUCAGAACUCUGCCUUGCCCACUGGCAGUAACAGGCUUCAGAUAUCCAGAGAAAAUGAACAGUUGCCUAUUGAUUGGCUUUUCUUUGUCUACAAACUAUGAUUGUUGUUUCUUAAUGUCUUCCUUUUGAUUCUGUGUUCUGUAUUCCUUUAUAACAGUUCUGGCACCCGAAGUGGUGUACGUUUGAGUUAUGUCAAACCUACAGGAGUACAAGCAUAAACAGUAUGGGGUGCUGGCAGUUGUAGUUAAAAGGCUGCGGGUUGGAUGUUCUUAGCCCAACAUAAUGUUACACAAGGACCUGUUUAUAAAUUAGGGAAAUAUGUCCGUUUAAAAGGUUUUUAUUUUCAUAUUUUUUCAAAAUACUUAUCCACUGCUGAACAAAAAGCUAAUGUCAGACCUGUGGGAAUUUGGCUGGUGGAGCACAUCAGGCUGAAAACCAGUGGGAAUAGGUGGCUGUUAGUAAAGAAAAAGUACACAAGUGAGUUUUGGGUGUGUAAACUGCCAGCUAUAACAUUAACCAACUGGCAGCUGGCACUUGUAUAAGUGCAUAUAGUUAAAAUUAAAUGUAGGUGUUUGGACUGUCCCAUGAGAGGAUCUCCCUUUCUUAUUUCUACCAUAAUCCUAUAUAACCUCUAUACUAGUGGCACUGUCUCCAUCUAAUAGAGAGAGAGGGCCCUGGAUGUUAACUUCUUUCUUGGGUCCUGUAAAGCCCAGUCUGACAUUGUAUGGAGAAAGCAGUAGCAUUCACAAAAACAUUGAGAUUUCUAUAGCACAUUAGUUACCCUUUAAGUGCUAAACGUGCCACUUGCUAAAGAAAGUUCUCGGUCUCAUUAAAAGUGCAGGCAGCUGUGCUUUGUUUUUAUUUUCUUUAGCCCAUUAAUAGCAUUGAGAGCGUACAAUCCAUAACCAUGUAAUCCUAUCAUUUGCACUCACUGUAAUCAGCUGUUCCAAUUUGUCAUUGUGUUAAAGUGCUCAUAGAUAGAUCUCUCCAUUUAGUACAAGGCACCCAGGGGUAUAAUUAUAGAGGAAGCCGACUCUACGAUCGCCGGGGGCCCAGGAGGCCACACUAUACAGCCUGUGUGUGUGAAUCGCGAUGAAGGAAUCUGUCAGGGGAAAAAAAUGCAAAUAUCUUUCUAUAGAUAAAAUACCUGCCAGUGCUGGUCCUGUAUUUGCAUCUAUUUUUUCUGUAUUUUUCUUAAGAGAAAGCACCUGUCUGGCAAUCAGUCAUUCUGUCUGUGUUCUCAGCAGACGGACUCGUGUGCAUCACCUCAUUCCGUUAUAUGAAGUCCAACUGAACCGGUGAAUGCAAAAGACCACUAAAUCUGAUUAGCUGUGUUCAGUAUAUAUGUGAGCUUGUAUGUUCUCUGAUUGUUUAUGGAGCUGUAAAGUAAGUGCCCUCUACUUGUGAUUUAAAGAGAUACCUCCAUUCCUAGCAAUAGGUUUAUUGUGCCGUUAGUGUGACCAGCUCUACUCCCCACACUUGUUCCACGUAUGGUUUGAAGAUCUUUUUUUUCAGCUGUGCUUUCCUCUGUACCCUAGCAACUGAAUCAUGAUUUGCUAUUUAGUAUAGCAAAAGUGUUUCUUCUUAUUUACUGUCAAAUUAUGUUUUUCUAAUAAAAAUGUUGCCUUACUUUCCAUUA